CACAAAAACAAAAUGAAAACAAAACUUUCAACCCUUCUAUUCCUUGGAGUAUUCCUGUCUGGAAUACUCCUCCCCGCGCCAGUUGCAUCCCAAAAGUGCAACUGUGCUCGAGGCCUAUGUUGUAGCCAAUACGGUUAUUGUGGCACUGGCAAUGCUUAUUGUGGAAAAGGAUGUCGAGGCGGCCCGUGUUCUCAACCAGCCCCUCAAAAUAAUGCCGAUGUUUCUCGUAUAGUGACGCAAGCGUUUUUUAACGGUAUAUUUUCCACGGCUGCAGGCAAUUGUCCUGGGAGACGUUUUUACACGCAAGAUGCGUUUCUCAGAGUCAUCAGGGACUAUCAACAGUUUGGUAGAACUGGUUCGUUCGACGAUUCAAAGCGCGAAAUUGCAGCUUUCUUUGCUCAUGUUACACAUGAGACAGGACACUUGUGUUACAUAGAAGAGAUAGAUGGUCAUUCAAAAAACUAUUGUGAUAAAAGCAACACCCAAUAUCCAUGCAACCCUAGGAAAAGUUACCAUGGGAGAGGCCCAAUUCAACUCUCAUGGAACUACAACUACGGUUCGGCGGGAGAGAGCCUAGGGUUCGACGGGCUCAACAACCCAGAGAUCGUGGCUACAGACCCAGUGGUUUCAUUCAAGACCGCGUUGUGGUUUUGGAUGGAAAAUGUUCAUUGGGAUUUUGCUUCUGGUAAAGGGUUUGGAGCUACCAUCCGGGCUAUCAAUGGGGGGGAAUGUGACGGUGGGAAUAGAGCCGCAAUGAACUCGCGUGUCAAGUACUACACCGAUUACUGUAGGCAAUUUGGUGUCCCGACGGGUAAUAAUCUUAUGUGCUAGACGCCUAGACCUUGAUAUAUGAAAGAUGUCUCGUGCGUCUAGCUAAUUACCUAUAGAGUAUUUGGUCACGUGUUAUGAGUUCAAGUAAUAGUUUGGUAUGGAAUAAUUGUUCUCAUGGUGGCAAAUGUUGUACUUUUAUAAUUGUCUUAAUGAAGGUUAAUUAGUAGUA